UUUAGCAUGUGCGAGUUAUAUUCUGGGCAACGACGCAUCUUGACAGGGCUUCUUUUCCAUCACGGCUACAAAAAAAAAAAAAUCAGCAGAUUAGCCAGAGGACUAAGGAUAACUGAAUGCUCAGGUGAUUGUUACACGGAUACCCUUGUCUACCUUCUGCAUAUCAUGGCAUGUUCUGCUGCCACACUCGGCAUUUUCAUUCUGUCAGGAUUCAUCAACCUCUCAGCAGCAAACAAGAAUACUUGUGAACUCUAUGCUGCUGUCGGACAGAGUCUGACGCUGCCUUUUGUCUACGACAGACUUGAGAACUCACAUGUGCUGAGAUGGACUCAUAAUGACACGAUCUUCUUCUACAGAGAGAAAGGCACAGUCUCUGUUGGAAAGCCAGCGGACAUCUCUUCAACCGGAUCUCUUCUGCUGAGGAACCUCCAGUUCUCGAGCGCGGGGGCUUACCAGGCAAAGGUGCUGCUCUCCAAUGGUACGCUGGCGAAAACAUGGAGCGGUCGCCUCUGUAUCGUUCCCAAGGUAUCAAAACCUCAGCUGACUUACAGCUGUGACUUCAAGUCCAGCGCUGUCGUUCUAAGUUGCCUUGUAGGUAACGCUCAGGGGUUGGUGUUUGAAUGGACACUCGACGAAAAGACCUUGCCGGGUGAAACAAAGCAAACACUGAGCAUAUCCCUGGCACAGAAGAAAGAGGAGAGCCGCUUUACGUGCAGUGUGGCAGACAGAGUCAGCAAGGAGAGGAGUGACAUUGUUCGCCCAGCCUGUAAACGUCCGACGCCACCACCACCGGCUCUGCUUUGUUUUACAUCCAAAACUGUUGUGGCAGCUUUUGCUGGAGGAGCAGGUCUGAUUCUGCUGUUGGUGACCAUUAUCGUCGUGUUAUGCUGCUGCCGCAGACGCAGCAGAAAACAAAUGGGACUCCGGGAUCAAGGGGAGCUCAGGAUUCUCGCUUUAAGCAAACGAGAGCCAGACUCCAUCAGCCCGGACUACGAGACCAUGCACCCGCCUGAGGACUCUCCACCCCCGAGCCCCAAGCCCUCGCCCAGAGCCUGUUACGAGAAUGUUGCUCAGCCUGAAGCUCAGACUGAAAACGGGCCUCCUGCACAGCUAUCCACAGCUGCCGAGGGACAGCAACCUUCACCGGUGCCCAAGCCAAGGACGAAGAGCCCCAAGACGGCAAACAUGUGAACGUGGCACCAAGAACUAAGACUGAAAUGAAGGAGAAGAAAAUGAUGUUAAACAAUGAUUUUGUGCAGUUUAAAUCCACACAUUCUCCCCUUUUAUAGUUUGAGUUAUACUAAUGCAGUUUAUAUGAUAAUGGAACAGCAUGUGUCCAGGAUCCAGCUGGCUUAAUCAUAAUGUGCUGUGAGCCUGAAAGGAAGCAUUCAAGAUGGUAAAAUCUUUAGUUUCCUGACCCCUGUAAAUGUGAUAUCAUGGCUUAUCUCUGUUCAAGUUAGUUGUUUAUGUUUUAAGUUUAACCAUUAUGUUGAUUGGGAGGUAUAGUCCUGGUACACUUAUGCUACUUUGUUACAAGAAACUGUGUGGGGUGAAUUUCCACAUCAAGUGUCGUGUUAAUUUGUUAACGUUUAUGAUGAUCUUAGAGUUUUUAUUGUACAUUUUUCAACUGUGCUGCCAUUUCCAAACAAAAAAUGAGGUUUUCGUUGACAAGUGUUGAAAUUAUAGAUUAAAGGGUUAAGCUAUCAAUUAUCUACAUUUGUUAGAUUUUCAGCAAAUCUCAUGAAAAGCCAAAACCAGUAAAGCCUUCUUCCGUCUUUCAGUGCUUUCUAACUUCCUUAACCCUGUCUGUGACCCCAAGCUCGUUGCUUUAAAACAAACUUUAAAACAAAGCAAAGGCUAAAUGAUUUUUCUUUUAAAACAGCUGGGUACUGUAGAUUUUAGCAAACAUUUCUCAAACAGUAAAAUCAUUUCAGUCGUGGAUUAAUACACAUUUGGUGUUCUAACAGGUGAUUGUGUGAGAGCAGCUCAAAAUAAACUAGAGUGAUGAAGGAACAUGUGACAGUGAGCUGGUGGUGUGUUGCAACAGUGUUGGGUCAACAAUAGACGUCUUUUACACAUACACUGUUCCAUCAGGCCUUCGACACACAGACGAUACAAGCUGGUGCUGAUCUAUUGCUGGUUUUCAUCUUUUUGUGGGAAUUUGUCGACAAUAAGGAAAAUACAGGAAAUUGCCCAUUAAUUUUGUGUUAUUUUGCACAUAUUAAGCAGAGGUAUGAGAUCUAUUGCGUCACAACAAAGACAUAAUAGAACAAAAUAUGAAAAAAUGUCAACAUGUUUUGACCUCUUCUGCCUAAGAAUGAAGCGGCUCCAUGGAUAAAUGCAUACUGUAAUCUUUCAAGAUUAGCAAUUAGGUUUCCUAUAAUCACGCCGUGUAUUUGCAUGUAUCGUGCUUGAAAUAAAUAAGGUUGUCAAAAAUAA